AGUCAUUCUCAGUGGACCGUGAGCAGCUAAGGACGAUGGAACAAAGAAGUCAAAGUCUGGUAUUUAGAGAGAGAAAGUAAGAGUGAGUUUUUAGAGAGAGAAAGUAGGAUAAACAAAAACAUCGGGUGGGAGACCAGACGAGACGACGAGGAAGAUCUGAAUAAGCUCUGGAAAGACGAUACUCUGAAACCGUAAUGGAAGGUGGAUCCCCAGAUCAGGACUCAAUAGGGUCUGGGACGAAAAGGUCCAGUGUUUCAUCAGGCAGCAGGGCUCGUCAUCAAAAGGAAUUUCUUUAUAGGUUUAUGGACAGUGAACGUCUAACCUUGGAACUUCGAGACUGGAUUGAGUCAAUGUCAGAAGAGUCAGGACCAGAGAAUCCUGCCUUUGAUGUCCCAUUUGAGUUGAUAGAACUUCAAAAAUUUGACUAUGCACUGGAAGGGGUUUCAUUUCGGCAACUAAUUCGGAUGCCCAAUGCUGUCUAUGCUUCAACUUCAGAUGCAGUGGAAGCAACUGCUUAUCUUGCUAUUGAAGAUUUCCUACAUUCAAGUGUGAAGGGCUUGUGGGAGGCAUUUUGGGGGCUGGAUGAUCCGAUGCCUUUUUCCAUUGCUUGUCUAUACAAUGCCAACUUAAAAUUCUAUCAGGCUGAGAAGGCAAUAGCCAAUCAAAAGCUUGAAGGCCUUUGUGCCACCGGAAUAUUGCUAAAAAACCCUAGACAUCCACAUGGAAAAUGGGACCAUAUCCUCCAGAUGGCUCUUCUUAGACCUGAUAUCGGAAGCUUUGCUGUGCAAAGUGAUUUGCGGCUUUCUUUAUCUGUUCUAGGUGAGGCUCUAUUCUAUGGUCUUCGCAUUCUAUUAUCAAGAAACUUUAGCAGAUUGGAAUUUUCGCAAAGUCCAAACUGUGUCUUUAUUAUUCUUGUUGAUUCUCAAUAUGGUGGUGUUAUAAAACUUGAAGGAGAUGUGAAUAAAUUAGACUUUGACGUGAAUACUGUUUAUGAGCGGGCUGCUGAGUGGAUUAAAAAACAUUCUAGAAUCACAGUCUCUCCAAUUGAUAGGAUCUGGAACAAGCUUGGAAAUGCCAACUGGAGAGAUAUCGGCGCUCUACAGUUACUUUUUGCAACCUUCCAAAGUAUAAUCCAAUAUGCUGGAUUACCCAAGCACUCGAUCGAAGAUUUGGCUGCUGACCAUGGCUCUCGCCUCCAAGCAAGAAGAAUAGAGAGGCAGUUAGGGGAUACCAAAGUUAAUGGAAAUGGUCUAUUCCGGUUCCAACAGCGCAGUGUUUCUCCUGAAAUUGUUGAAGUUCUGGAUGAACUCAUCAAACGUGAAAGUAAAGAGUCAAUGAAGCUGGGAAUAGGGUCUGUUUUAUGGUUGGAGGAUCCAAAUGGGCAAACUGGUUAUCAGAUAAAUAAGGUCCUAAGUAAUGGUGAGCUUCCAUAUUAUGUUGCAUCUCCUACUGAAGAGCCGGGAAACUCUAUGUUUCUAUAUGUUGGUUCUCAUCCUACUCAAAUAGAGCCAGCGUUGGAAGAUAUGAAUUUGUGGUAUCAAGUUCAGAGGCAGACUAAAAUAUUGACUAUUAUGAAACAGAAAGGUCUGUCCAGCAAGUAUCUCCCACGGUUGAGUGUUUCUGGAAAGAUUAUUCACCCUGGUCAGCGUCGAAGACCCUCUUCAGGUGGAAACUGUGACCACCCUUGGUGUGGCACCCCAAUUCUCGUUACAAGCCCAGUUGGUGAAACAGUUACUGAUAUGGUCAGUGAAGGGCGAUUUGGCUUGGAUGAGGCUAUCAGGUGUUGCCACAAUUGCCUAACUGCACUUUCGACUGCCUCUUCUGCCGGCAUUCGGCAUGGAGACAUCAGGCCGGAGAAUAUUGUAUGCGUGAGAUCUGGUGUGAGGCAUCCUUACUUUGUCCUUGUUGGAUGGGGCCGUGCCAUUCUUGAAGAUAGGGACCGUCCCGCUAUGAAUCUUCAUUUUUCAUCAACUUAUGCUCUGCAGGAGGGAAAGUUGUGCUCGACUUCAGAUGCAGAGAGCUUGGUAUACAUGCUUUAUUUUUCCUGUGGCGGGUCUUUACCUGACUUGGAUUCAGUAGAGGGGGCAUUACAGUGGAGAGAGAAUGCAUGGUCAAGGAGGUUGAUUCAGCAGAAGCUCGGUGAUGUCUCGACAGUGUUGAAAGCAUUUGCUGAUUAUGUAGAUAGUCUCUGUGGUACUCCAUAUCCAAUCGAUUAUGAUAUAUGGCUGAGAAGGUUGAGGAGAAAUAUUCAAGAGGAAGAUCAUGGUAAGGAAGUAGAUACAUCAGGCUGAGCCUUUUUUCUUCUGGUCAAAUUUUCAUGUACCUUCCGGAUCAGCAUGAAUCAUCAAAACACAUAAUGUUUUGAGCAAUAUGAGACACUGGGGAAGUCUCCGAUUCUGACACUCGUACUUGAUUUGUUGAACCCCAUGGAGGACCCGGAAUAUAUAUCCUCAGGCAAAUUUGAAGAUGGUUUGAUUGCACCCCGUGAAACAGAUUAAUCAUGAUUCUUUCUAGCUGUUGGAUGGGCUAUCUUUUUCCAUCUUGGAAGUUUACAUGGAUAGCUCGUUGAUUUAUGCACAUAUAAUUCUACGACACCUUCUGGUUAUCGGGCGUUCUUGGCCCCGUUUCUAAAUUUUUCUGGAUAUAUUUUCAUGAAGUCUACACGUUCCAAAAAGAAGAUCUUUCAGGGAUUCUCUCCUUUUGCUGCUGUGACCAAUUUUCUUUUGUCAAAUAUUGUAUUAGUUGCUCUCUUUCGUUUGUAAAGUAAUGAACCAUUCAGAUUAUCCUGAAGCUUGUGUAAUUGUUUAGCUUGUAAGCUCAAUGAUACGAAUCCACGGUUUCCUGUA